UCAGACAUGACUGGUUUGGACGAGCAUCAGUCCAUGUUUUGUGAGAAAGCACUUGUUUAGAAAGACGCAUGGGAAUCGUUUUAUUUCGCAUAAGGGAAGCUGUAAUUUGGGGAUUUGUGAAAAUUUGGGGUUAGAAUGAACAAUUAUCCGGCAUACCUUUUCCAUCGAGACGGGACAGCAGCUGAAAAACCUGUUGGUGGCCCUCCAGAGACGCCCGAAGCAUUACAGGCCUCACAGAGCCCAACACCAAGCCAAGGUAAGCCGGAGGGAUCGCCUGAAGCUGUCGUUUCAUCAGCAGAUAGCCCACCGCCAUCCGUGGUGACCGUGCCCUCACCGAUCUCCACCACAUUACUGGAAAAGACAAAAGCGCAGAGUAUAUAUGGCGGCAACUUAGGAUUCCUAGGAGCCGGACACUCAGGGAUUCGACCACGAGUCCGGGUCGGACCCGUCAAAGGCAUUUUGCCGUCAUAUAGCCCCCAGCCUAAAGCAGCUAAUUAUAUAUAUGCCUACAGACCUUUAACUUAUAGUCCAGGUGCCGGGUCAAAUAUGAGCCUGACUCCAUCGCCCGGUGUCGAUUACUCACCAUAUGAAAGCCGGGAAGCGGCGCCGGGUUAUCAACAAUACGUGCAGUCCGUGCCAUAUUACCAGUAUGCGGCAGCCUACGCCCAGGCCCAGGCCCACGCGCAGGCCCAGGCCCAACAACAAGGAAUGCCUGGUUACCUUCCCUAUAGCCUGCCAGCGUCAGCUGCACUGGCAUAUCAAACAGCUGCGCUACAGCAGCAGCAACAACAACAACAACAGCAACAACUGCAACCAGCACCAUCAGCGUACCAACUGCCACCUGGGUAUCAGGCGCAGGCACAAGCACAUGCGGCCAGAAUGGCGUAUGCGCCUCAGCAGGUUGCAGGUUUAAGUCCGUACGCAAGUUCUCAAGGGAUUGGUGCAAGUUCACUUCCACAGUACAUGUAUGCCCCGAUGAUGGGUGCGGGUGCUAAUCCGGCAUUAUAUGGUAGUGUGGUCCCAGGCCAGGCAGCUGCUUCCAUCUACAAUCCCUAUCAACCAAUACAGCCUCAAGAGGAUUGAGGCAAGUUUCUGAUGAUGUUAGUAAAGAGCAAGAUAUGUCGGGAUGCCGCACAAUGCCCUAAAAACUCAACGUUGAAGACUUGUUAGACAAAUGAAGUGUUUUAAUGAUGUCUUUUUUAUGAAAUACCGAGAGCCAGAAGGGGCAGCGUGUUUUGGUGCGUGUGGUCGUGAUGAGUUUUCUUCACCAGAUUUACUUUUCGUUGGUGGUUUCGUCAAAAUAUUGGUUUCGCACUGAAAACGAGGUACAAAUGCUUUAUGAAAGCAACAUUCAUUCUGUCAUUGAUUUACUCGAUGUCUAGCUAACUGAAAGAGCUGCUGUAGAACGCCAUCUAAUCAAUCAGUGGAGAAGUUGAUUGACUCAUUGUCAUCAGUAUAUUAAUAAAAAAGCUGUUUACGUCGCGUACAAAACAAAAAACGGCACCUCCUGAUCCAAGUUGGGCGAAUAGGGUCGACUUUUACUCGGAUUCUUGGUUUCUGUCUGGAUCUCAUAUGAUGCGUGAUCAUUUCUGUGCUGUUAUUUGCUUUUGCCUCGAAUAUAAACAGUGCUAUUAUAUAUUGAGUCUUUUCGUCAAAGGAGUUUAAAAUAUUGAGUUUAGAGAGCUGUGCGUCAACUAGGAAAUAAUGUUUAGCUCUAUAACCAGUUAUUGGGCAAUUGUAAUGUAAGUAGGAGGAAACCUACGCUGUCGAAGAUAGUUGCCCUCUCUAUCACAUGAGUAUAGCACGGCCGACUGGGAAUCGAACCCGGGACAUCAGAGGUGACAGGCACAGAUAAUUCCACUGUGCCACUCCGACAGUAUCAAAGUAGGGCCAGUACCAGAGUAGAACACCUUUCUUCUUCACAACAUUGGUUUUCAUGAUACUAUUGUGCUCAUCUGCUAAUAGAAGACCAUCACAACUUUUAGGUGACUGACAAAAGAAAAAGAUUGCUAGAGAUGAUGUUCUAAACUCUGUUUUGUCAUGAUCAAAGUACAUUGUACAAUGAAAUAUAUACACUAUUGAGUCGGAUAUAUGCAAGUCUCACUAUAAGUAGUACCUAAAAAUGAGAAUGUUUGAGAAAUGAAUUCCCCCGGGUGCUGACUUGAAAAUGAAACUGAAAUGCUUGUGUCCUGUCAAAACAUCCCCAGACAAAAGCCUCCCAGGGUUCACAGCAAGAGUGAAAGUGGCACAAUGGUUGCCUUUGCUCGCAUAUACCUGCAACUUUGUAGGCUGAUUUUAAUACUACAUGUACAUUUAAGGUAAGAUGGUACAAUUACCGCCUUGGUGUCCAUUGAUGUGUGCUACCAGCUCAUUUCCACACUGUAGGGGCUAUACGUUGUUCUGGAGCUAUAAUUGUAACACUUUACCUUACAUUUCUCAGCUUUAAGAACUUGAGAAAAGAAGACGUUACUUCAAAAACUUGUUGACAAAGUGUAAAAGUCAAAAUAGGUUAAUGCUAUCAAAAAAUAACAUUAAUUGUUAUGGUGGACUGAAUUUGAAAGAGACUUGGCUCUCCUAACGGGUGUUUUGAAAUGAGGAACAGUGUCGCAUGUAACUGAUAAACUUGGAAGAGCAUACAUGUAUUUCGGUACAUCUUGACCCUCAAUGUAUAGACAUUGCUAAGUUUUAUAGACACCGGGCGUCUAAUACCUUGACGAAAAUGCAUGCAAUCUCUCUCAAGCUGAAGUUGAUCGGCUAUUACUCACUCAUAAAUGGCAUCGCUGUACACACAAUGGUAACAAGUUAGCGUGAGGCCACUGACCAUCGCCAUUGCUCGAUGAGCCGUCUGAUAUCUCGGCAAGUGUAGCAUUUUUGUGUCUCAUUCAAAAACCACCAUACGCUUUGCGUUGAAACUUACGCAGUGUCUAGAGAAGAUUGAAAGGGCAAGCCCUGUGAAGUUAUUUUAAAAUCCAGCUCAUAAACAGUGCAGUGGCCAUGGAGAGUGAAGUCUGUGUGAUCGAAAAACGGGUUCACCAUAUGCUGCUUAAUUUACCGCAUAGAGAUAGUGUACAUUGCAUACGGCAGAGUCAACUCAAAUUUGGGUCAGGUGCACCGUAAAUUGAGGCGCGCGAUAUACAGAAAAAUGACACGUAUUUCUUCAGUGGUAUGGGCGGACGUAACUGGGGCAAUACCGCUGGAAGCUCAGUAUGAUUUCGAUAGGUCCUUCAAUCAUGUAGCUUCAGCUCUUACAUGUAAUACAUUAACAUGUACAUGCAAGCUGAUUCUGGCAUUGUAUUGUGUCUUCUCUGUUUUCUGUUGAUAAAACUUUGUGUUAGGUGUAUAAACAUGAUAAUGGGAAACUUGUUGCCGAGAUAUCAUCAGGAAUGCCGCAUUGUUCAGAUGUUGCCGACAUGCGAUACGAUAACGCUCUAUUUCAACAUGUUCAUCUUUGCACUUAGUCAAGGCCUUAAAAAAUUUCUAUCUACUUUUCAAAUGAAAAAAAUUAUUUCGAUUUUUUUGCAAAUCAAAUUUUUAAAUUCAAAAGGCCGUUGAAAAUUUGACUGUUCACAGUAGCCAUUUCUGAAACUAUCUCUUGAUCAAAAAGCUCUUCACAGAACUAGCUGGUUUUGUAGUUGAUUGAAGGUUGUAGCGAUCUGACUGAUUUUUCUCGCUGGCACCUGUGUUGACCUCCGCACACAAGUGAUUUUUGUCGCAUGCAAUCAUUAUCGCAGGUCGCUGCAACAAAAAUCUCUUUUUGUGGCUCGCUUAAGUCUCCGUUCUUCUCCUUUAAGUUAUUGAAAAUUUUGUAAUUGACAUGGUUGUGAGUAAUUCAUUUGAUGAUGGGUUUUGAGCCGAUUAUGUUCUGAAUCUGAAUUAGACGGCGGCAUUCUAACCAGCUUGUGAUGCAUGUUUGCUGAUGUGCGCGUGUUCUCUGCAUAGCGUGUGAAUGGUGUUUCUCGCAAGCGUUGGAACUACAUGUACAGUAGAACCUCUCUAUUAAGGUCACCCUCGGGACUGACAAGUGCUGUCCUUAAUAGAGAGGUGUCCUGAUCAGAGAGGUCAAUUUGAAUUGAAACACCCAAUUUGGGACCAAAACUAGUGUCCUUAAUAGAGAGGUGUCCGCUAAGGGAGGUUCUACUGUACACUGAUAAUUCGAGUACUAUAGACUGUAUGAUGUAAAUCUUUACUUUUCUCAACACAUAGAGUUUAUUUAUAUGUGUCUGACUCAAAUGCACUUGAAAUCGAUUUACUCUAGACUUAUUUUGAUAGGAAACUUGACUCCAAUGGGGAGGGGUGGUGCGGUGGGCGACCUAACUCAGUUUCAGACUCAUUUCUUGAAAUAAAUUGAACUAUCCAACUUUUGCAUUGAUGAAGGAUAAUGUCUUGGGAUAACCUGUCAUACAUGAUUGUUUGAAUCCGUUGGCGAAAGCCCUUGUUUGGAGUGGGUGUUGAGGGUAGUUAAGGCACGCUGUGUGGUCAUUACCAGGAUGCUUAUACCUCUUGCUAAAAUAAAUGUACUGGUCAGCAGAGCAUAGGCUUUGACUUGUCUAAGAAAUAUUCAAAUGUAGCAGAUAUCUAUUAAUCCAGUUACAUGCAUUGUGUACUUAAAAUACCUUCACUGUUGGCAAAAUAUUUGAAUGCAUUUUCCGCUGUAUCCUAGGGCCACACUCAUUAAAGGGACACUGUAGAUAUUUUAAAAGGAACAUUUGGGCAUGAGAAAUGUUGGUUUUACAUACAAAAACGGCAUCCACCAGGACCGUGACAUUUCUGAACAGAAUGAUUAAAAAACCAUUGAUUUGCAAUGAAAACAAUGUAUUAGAACUGUGUGUAUCCGUAGGUGUGUCUGGGUUUCACAAGCUAUGUCCAUAAUUGCCGCAUUACCCUUGCGAAAAUCAGUUUUCGAGACCUAUCAAUUAGACGCGAGUAGGUUUUUAACUAUCAAGUGUAUAUAAAGAAAUUUUUUGAUGAAAAAAAAUUUGAAUUUUGCUAUAUUGGCGUGUUUUGAGAUAUUUCUGCCAGUUGGCUGAAAAGAGUGGAAAUAUCAACGUCUGUCCAAUUUGUCGAUUAUCUGGUCAACUACCUAAUCUGAUUAUCUGGUCUACUACCAGUUUACUUUUCACCAUUUACUUGCCCGACUGUCCGGAAUAUCAUAUGAAAAUUUCAGAUUCACAACCCCACGUAGUAUUUGAUACGUCGCGGUCAAACAUUGACAAUUUAACUGCUAAACGGCUUAAAAAAUCAAUGAUGGUCUUGUCUCAGUCCCCCUUUAUUAAAGAAACCAUUUGCAAUUCCACCAUCUUUCAGUAACUUCAGUAACCCAGUUGCUCAAUCAGGGUAAGAGACAUACUACAGUGCUGGCUCAACAGAGGUAGUCUCCUUCAGUAAAUUUACUUGGCGUAUUAUCAACCUCUUGAAUCCCGGUGACCGACCAGUCAGUCAUUUUGAAAUAACGUUUUUUCCCCAAUGACCGACAGGUCGGUCUCAGUGAUAUUUUUGUUCACUUCAGCUGGGACGCUAGUUUAUUGCUUGUUUUAGCAUGUUUGAUGUACAGUCGGGUCAGUUGGAGCAUGCCUGGGUAGAUGGUGCCUCGGUACCGGACUUCGGGUUAUAUGCGGGCGCUAUACAUCAUGAAAGCCGGACCCAAUUUCGCAACCGCGUGACCACCCUGGGAUCCCGGAUUUUCAAGUUUUGGGAUUCAAGAGGUUUAGUAGCCCAGUGUUCUCCACUGCCUUUGAGUUAAGGGGGGGGGGGUAAUCUAAUGUUUUUUUCUGUUUUCGUCAUGUUUUAACACGCACCAGGGAAGUUAUUGUUAACUUCUUGUUAAUAGCUCCUACAUGUAUUUUGAAGAUUUCAAAGACUUCAGAAGUAUUUUAAAGGCGUUUGGGGUCAUGAUAUAGCAUUUUAAGGUGGAUAAAACAAUAAGGAGGUCAUUUAGAUAUUAUUUUAAGGGACGCUCAUUUUCAGGGGGGGGGGCAGAAAUCGGACCCCUGGGAAUCAGGGGCCCCUAUUUUUAAGGUUGUGCAGAACACUGGUAGCACUAUGACUUAACGCCAAUUACGUGUAUUACUGCCAAUGCCAAAUGAGUAACUAGGCCCUGUUUCCUUCAUGUACAUGUAUUUCAAGGAGCCUAGAUUCUUUAUAUGUUUUCUGUAAAUCUGUUUUCUAGUGAUCACGUAGUAAGUCAGACUGGCAAAGGUGCUGGUGCCGGUUACGACUUUUCUGAGAAGGAUGAUCUCGUCAUCUUGAUGGGGCGGGUUCGUCGUCCCAUUUGUUUCCCUUGGUUGGCAACACCAGGGUUGGCGAAAUCUUGAUUGUUGAUGUUGAUGUACUGAAUGUUUUGUACUGUUUUAUUUCAAAGAUGCAAACUCUACAAAUGAGAGUGGUUCACAAGACACUUUUUCCUGUUGUUUUUAAAUGGUUAUUCAACAUAGGUUUCUUGGUCGUUAUUUGAUAAUUCAUAAAGGGCCAUCCUAAAAUAUCUUGAUGCUUGUACCGCUAUAUUCAAUCAUGUAGUCUUGACCAAAAUAUUUGGGAGUUUUAUCGCAAAUCAGGUCAUAUCCGUUUUUGCUAUUUUGAAAAAAGGCCUUUAACUGAAAAUACAUUCUAACAUUCUGAUUAUAAGAGUUUUACAGAAUUCAUGGAAAUAUUGGGGUCAUGAUUAUUAGAUGACUGUAUAGGUCUACAUGUAAACCACAAACCACUAGUUGAAGACAGUCCAAGUGAUUACAGCGGUUUCUUCCUCAGCUUCUGAGUUUUCAUAUCCCAUCAGGAUGUUUAAUUUGCUCCUGUAAAUUAUGGUGUUUGAUUUAUAUUGCAAACAGAAUAAAAGGAUAGUACCAAAAAAAAAUGUUAUCAAAUCAUAAAACUUCAAUGGAGGUCAAAAUGGGUGUAAUGUCUGUGAGCAACAAGUUGUUUUGUGAUGGCCCCCAAGUUGUGCAAAAGCUGUGAUUCAGUGGUUGGACAGUUUGUUAUUGUGUGAAAGGAUGGCGAUGAAAAAAACUCGCAUUCAAACUCAGUUGGUGACCAAUCGGUUGCGUCACACCGGUUUUUAUCAUGAUGGGGCUCCGUCACUGUCGAAAAGAUCCCUGGUUAAUUUUACUGGUAGAAUUUCUUUCUCAGUGGAACGCUUCUGGAGAUAUUGCCAUGAAAUGUUCAGGUGGAGAAAUGAUGAAUAAACUGUAUGAUUGCGGCAAAAAAUCAUUAGGUUUCCUCAAAUUAGUUUUUAGAAAUACGUUGUGUACAUUUAAUCAUUGUAGCUCACUGGUGACACACCUAGGGACGGAAAAAAACCGAGGUUGUUGACGUAACCGACGGUUACUGCCUGAUUCAGUCUGCAAUGUGACUGAUGGGCAAUCAUCUCCACGGUGGCUAAAGGUAUCGGUUCACCUGAGAAAAAUACAUGCUCAACUGGAGAGGAAAUGACAACACAAAAGAAACGGACAAAAGAUUAGUUCAUUUCGAGGGUCGAAAGACUCGCAUUUAUUAUCUUUAUCCGAUGGUACCCCUCCAACACUGUAAUGGGAGGGCCUUGUUUCUAUUGUGUUGCAAUGGUAAACCAAUACCUUAACCCACUGAUUUUGAUCUCUCCACGGGCAGAGAAAUCAAACAUGAUGACGACUGUAGGAUAGAUUCCCAUAACAUAACUUCUUCCUCUUUUCCACUUGAUAUUACUUAAUGACAUCUUUUAGGACCAGAUGCUAAUUUUAGAUUUAUUGUAUUAUAAAAUACUUUCUAUUUAUAAAUAAAGGAAGGUAUAUAUAUACUUAA